AUGUCCGACGACACUCGCCGCCACUGGCACGGAUCCUCCGGCGACCGCCACGAACACCACAACGUCUGGAUGAACGGCGGAGCCAAAGCACCCAGCCCUCGUGCCGCAUGGGCGAUGCCGGUUGGAACCGAGACAACAAGAAGAGACUCGACUACCUCGAACACCUCCAAGAACAGCGACGCCGCCUCCCCUCCCCUCCCAACUCUCAACGAGCGUCGUCGCUCGAGCUCCGGCGCUAAUUCUGGAAUCUUUGCAAAUCUGCAAAGCCAGAAGCGAAAUUCGAUGGAUGCAGAGCAAUACGCUCGUCGCGCGAGUUGGAAUGAGCAGGCUACCAAGGGUGGAAUGUUUUCUCAGUGGUGGAAUAAUUAUACUCGUGGUUCGGAGAGCAAGUAA